CGUAAGGGUAGCUCAAACGCAUUUUUCAUAAUGUUUGCAAAGGUGUUCCUUAUCAUCAGCUGUCUGUUGGCUGUGGUCUGUGCUAAGCCACAUGUCCUCACACCUUACGUAGGCCCCGCAUUCGUCACUGCGCAUAGUUCUCAGGUCUUUGCGCGUACCUAUAAUGAACUAGUGCCAUUCGCAGUUCCAACAGCAGCAGCAGCAGCAGAAUAUCCUGUCCAUUUUCCCGCUCCGGUCCACAUCGCAUACCCUGCGCAUCCCGUCCCUUCGAUUCAUUUCGCGCAACCUGCUCCAACAGUAUUGGCUUAUCCCAUCUUCAAACACAUUUCAGCAGUGCCAGUUGGGCAUUCAGUGGUAGCGGUUCCUGCUGCCCCUGCAGUGAUUCCAGCAGUUGCAGUGAAAUCAGCAGUGGCAGUCACCCCAGUGGCCAAAGUGGUGCCGGCCGCUCCAGUUGCCAAAUUGGUCGCACCAGUGCGGGCGCCGACACAUUUCCUCACAAAAAUCCGCUACCGAUCGGUUGUGGUGUGAACUGGAACUUUUCAAUAGAAAAUAGUACCUGUUGAUAGCUAACAGCAAAUUGUUACUAUAGUGCAUAUUGUACCGCAUACGUAAAUGAAUUACAAUUAAUAUUAUCA